CAAGACUCAAAAGAAAAAUGAAAAUUCUACCAUUUGAAUUUACUGUUUGAAAGCUAACUAUUUUCAGAUUUUGAACACUUGCUAAAUGAACAAUGGAUAACAUACCAGGAUCAUCAAUCAGCGAGAAAUUGAAACCAGAGUACUUCUUUUUGUUUGAGUAUCUUGUAAACGCGUUUCACGUUAUUAGGAUUAUCAUAUUGAUACCGAGCCAUAUCUCUCCCUUCCUGCAGGGACACUUUCAGUGCACACCAAACAAAACUAUGGAACGUCAUCUCCUAGAGAGACUCCAGAAGCGUUGCUACGAAGAUUAUGCUACACCAUUUUCUCUGCCUUUCUACUGGGACUUUCAGUUAGGAAUGGCAUGCUUCACAGUGAUGUGCUACUAUAUACCAUCAUGGUGGAUUAUUGAACAUAAAGAAAUGAGUCCCAAAGUACGAAAAGGAGUUGCUAUUGGAUACCUAAUGCAAACUAUACUUCAGAUAUGCAUCGAAGUUGGCUUCAUAGUUGUCCAGGCUAUAAUGUAUGGGUUCCAUAUUCCCAGUGAAUACCUUUGUCAGAAUGAAGUUGCAAAUGAAGAGAUAAGAUGUGAAGUCCUUCUCGUAGAUGUGAAGCUUGCAUUUCUGGGUAUUAUGUUUGUCCUAUCGGUGCUGGUUACAAUUUUUCACAUGAUAGACUUGCGCAGGACCAUUAAACAAAUGUGUUACAAGCGCAAGAUUGAUGACCUACUUCCAAUAUUCAAAAGAAAAG